AUGUUAUCAAGUGUUCGUCGUUUCUUUAAAUUUAUUCAUUGGUUAUAUCUUCAAUAUCUUCUUAAUACGGCAUUAUAUAUGCUUGAACCAUGGGAACGUGUACUUUUUACAACAUUAUUAUUUGCCAUUAUAUCUACAGCUGUUUAUUCGGCUUUAGUUUUUCUUCCAGUUCAUGUUCGUUCAAUGAUACAAACUUAUUCAUAA